AUGGGGCAGGUUUGGGAGACCCCCCCCAGGGUGCCCAGCCCCGGGCAGGAGCUCAGCAGCCUCCCCUCCCCUCCCGGCAGGGCCGAGUUCCGGGCCGAGGUGCUGCGGAAGAAGCGGGAGGCAGAGCUGUCCCGGGAGGACUCGGCGGAGCUGACGGAGGAGCACCGGCGCCUGAUGGCCUGGAAUGAGGCGGAGAACGCCCGGCAGCGGGCACGCAGAGAGGAAAGAAUUAGGAAAGAAGAGGCAGAACAGAAGAGGCAGAAGCUGGAGGCUGCGGAGAGCAAGGCCAGGAUAAUGGAGGCUUUCCUGAAGGAGAAGGAGAAGGAGGUUCUCCAGCUGCAGGAGGAAGCCAAAACCUUCAUCACCCCCCAGAACCUGGAGGCGCGUAUCGAGGAGUGCCUGGACAACCCGCGCAACUACAACUUCGCCAUCGACAAGGACGGGCGGAUCGUCAAACGGACGGUGUUGUCUUAG